CUUUGAUGUCUCGACCAAGUCAACGUCCACACCCACCACUCCUGCUGCGAAUAUGUUGGUCACCAACCUCCAUUCUUAGCUUCUCUUUGCACUGCAGCAGUCCAAUCCACAUGUCUUUCUCCAGCAUGCGCUCCUUGGUCUGUUGACGUACAUACACGAACAUGAGCGCUUCGCUCCACAACGCCGCGGCGAGCAUACCCUCCUUACCUUUCGUUUUCGGAGGCAUCGUCCUCGCUGAUAGUUCAGCACGUAUAUACCCACGCUGAGCGAGCGUUGGUGGAAAUAUUGUUACGAUGCCGGGAUUACCUGCCACCGUGGACCUUGACGAGUGCAUUUCGCGGCUAUACAAAAAAGAGUUGCUUGCGGAUUCGGUUAUCGAGGCAAUAUGCGCGAAGACGAAAGAGCUGCUCAUGAAGGAGAGCAACGUGGUGCACAUUGCCGCGCCCGUCACUGUAGUGGGCGACAUCCACGGGCAGUUCUUCGACAUGAUUGAGAUCUUCCGGAUUGGAGGCUUUUGUCCGGAUACCAAUUACCUGUUCCUCGGCGACUACGUCGACCGCGGCCUCUUCAGCGUCGAAACCAUCUCCCUCCUUGUAUGCCUCAAACUCCGCUACCCCCAUCGCGUGCACCUCAUCCGCGGUAACCACGAGUCCCGCGGCGUCACCCAAUCCUACGGCUUCUACACCGAAUGCUCCCGCAAAUAUGGGAACGCCAACGUAUGGCACUACUUCACCGACAUGUUCGACUUCCUCACACUCUCCGUCGUCAUCAACGACCAGAUCUUCUGCGUGCACGGCGGCCUGAGCCCCAGCAUCCACUCCAUCGAUCAGAUCAAGAUCAUUGACCGCUUCCGGGAGAUCCCGCACGAGGGGCCGAUGGCCGAUCUAGUGUGGUCGGAUCCGGACGCGGAGCGGGAUGAGUUCUCGCUGAGCCCGAGAGGCGCGGGGUAUACGUUCGGCGCGCAGGUGGUGAAGAAGUUCCUGGAGGUGAACAACAUGAGCCACAUCCUGCGCGCGCAUCAGCUGUGUCAGGAGGGGUAUCAGGUGCUGUACGACGAUCGGUUGAGUACGGUGUGGAGCGCGCCGAAUUAUUGCUACCGAUGCGGGAACUUGGCGAGCGUGUUGGAGGUGAGCGAUACCGGAGAGCGGUUCUUCAAUGUGUUUGAGGCGGCGCCGGAAAAUGAUGUGCAUCGAGCGGAGCAGCAGCAGCAGGGGAAGGAGGUGCAGACGGAGUAUUUCUUGUGAGAGACUUUCGUGAGAGAGACGAUAUGAGAUACCAUGUGGGUUUAGAACUGGGUACUUGUGCAUUGCGAGGCGUUUGUUUGGAGAUACAUGUCACGGGAUGAUGGAUAGGAUAAAACUCAAUUUGUAAAUAUAAGAGAAUUCUCAUGUUCGUAAUUGAUGCCCUGUCUGGUAUCUAUGUAACCCCAAC